CAUACGUUUCGGAAGUAACGUACCGUCCUGAUCAUGCCUGAAACCACCGUGAAAGCGCCCAAGAAGGGCUCAAAGAAAGCCGUGUCUAAGAGUGUCAGCAAGACCGGCAAAAAGAGGAGGAGGACCAGGAAGGAGAGCUACGCCAUCUACGUGUACAAGGUGCUGAAGCAGGUCCACCCCGACACCGGCAUCUCGUCCAAGGCCAUGGGCAUCAUGAACUCGUUUGUGAGCGACAUCUUUGAGCGCAUCGCCGGUGAGGCCUCCCGUCUGGCUCACUACAACAAGCGCUCCACCAUCACUUCCAGAGAGAUCCAGACCGCCGUCCGCCUGCUGCUGCCCGGUGAGCUGGCCAAGCACGCCGUGUCUGAGGGCACCAAGGCCGUCACCAAGUACACCAGCUCCAAGUAAACAACGUUGCUGCCUCUGAGACUAAACCAACGGCUCUUUUAAGAGCCACCCACUUUAUCUGAAGAUAUUCCAUAAAUUAAUAAUGUGUAUUAUUGACCAGGUUUUUGCGACUAGAAUAAUACUCUAACUCCAUAGAAAAUUGAGCUGUAAAAUAAGCAGCAUGUGUGUAUCUAUCUCUGAGUAUGGUAUGGGAGAUGCAGACGAAUUUGUUAAGUUUAGUAUAUAUUUAGUCUACUGUAACUUAGUUGAUAGAAGAUUUAAUAAGUGAUGGAAACUCAUACAGCAGCCAAAAAGAUCAUCUACAAAGUAAUACAGUUGACCUCAACACUCACAUUAACUGUACAGUUGCAUAUUCUGAUAAGUAUUAAUAUAGAAGGUAUUUCUCUUUUUUGUUUUUGUUUUCUUUAAUGUAAAAUAUCCCGAAGAUUUUGGAGCAAUGUGGAAUCUCUGGUUUUGAAAAAUAAUUCAAUUUACUCCUUUAACCUCAGAGAUAUUAUUUGUUAUUAUGAUGAUCCAGAUAAAAGUAUUCUUCAACAUCUAAUUAAUAUUGUUACUCGAAAUGCUAAACUUUUUAUUCAUAAGCAGAGAUGAUCAAAGUCAUCCCUUGAAUUUUUACCUUUUCUCAUAGAAUUCAAGGCUCCUCUUACAUCACCCAGUUUGUUAGGAAAGAAACAGAAUACCAAGCUUUUGGAAAAUUUUGCAAUUUUUCCUCCAAAUCCUCUGAAUGGAUACAUUUUUUUUCCUGGAGCUGGUAUCUAACCAAAGGUCCUUAUAAGGGCCACCCACUUACUCAUCUAGAGAGCUGACCUUAUAAUCAAAUAGUGUCACCCUUAUAAUUUAAGUUACAAUGUAACUGACACUGUUAAAAUGUUGUUCUAUCUCAACUACGAAGCCCUUUGAUGCAUGAUAUGUCACCUAAACAAGUAUAAAGGAAAUGCUAUCAAAAAGAUACAUAAUUACUUCUGAAAAGACUGGUGCAUGCAAUAAGUGGAAAUAACAACGAAGUUCUGCAAAAGUCAAGAUCAUAAAUAUUAAAUAGAAAAAUCACAAUCAAAAUAGGCCAAGAAAAAUACAAAAAAUAACACUUGGUGCAUGGAGAGGUUUAAUGGUAGGUUGCUGAAUUUUAUUUUUUUAUUUUAUUUUUAUUUAUUUUUUUGUCUUUAAAAACAACUUAAUAUCCCAAUCUGAGAUCCUGCCUGUCCAAAAUCUAAAGUUUGUUUUAGAGGAGAAGAUUUGUGUAACAGAGAGGAGCCUCCUGACAGAAACACUGUUUGGCAGUGAGAUGAAGGAGGAAAUAUCAUGCACACUGAUUCAGGUAGACUGAAAUAACAACAGGUCGACCUGACAGACACUGUUCUGUCAAAGGUUCCUCCCUGAAGGUUUGUCUUUACUGCUGCACUGUGAAAAUUAGUCAGUUUGCAGUACAUCACACAUGAUGCACUUCAACACAUGGUUAAAAUCUGAGCUCAUCUUAUUUAACUCUAAAAUAUUUAUAGAAUAUUCCACUCAACAUGUGUACUUUAAAAUCCACUACAGUUAGUAUAAAGCUGGUAAACAUUUUGGAUGUUGCCUCAUUAAUAAACAAAUUCUGUCCCUGUAAACAAAAAAGACAACCAGAAAUCCAUUUAUUACACAUUCAGAGUUCAGAGUUUGGAGGUAUUUAGACUGUAUUUUCACCAUCUUGAGGCUGUUGUAUCACUGCUAGCCCACAGAAAAAGUAAGUUUGUUAUUAUUAUUAUUGUUGUUGUUGUUGUUGUUGUUAUCUUUAACUAAUUGUGUCAUUGAUGUCAUUGAUGAGUCUGCGGUUACAGCUGACCUAUAACACACUGCAGAAAGGUGUUUUAUUUUGUUUAUUGCACUGAUUUUGGUCACUCUGGAUAUCUCAAUGUGUCACAGGGUCAUUUGUGAUAUAGAUGUUUGUAAUGGUCCACAGACACUGACACAUUGUAUGUGUAACAUUAGUGUAUUAAAAUCAAAAUACAGAUACUUCUUCACCUCAGUAUGGUAAAUAAAAUGCACACAACAUGUUGAAUUUUGUUUUUCCAGUUACAGUGAAUCAACCAGCUCAGACUGCAACAAACCCAAAAUGUGUCCGACUGCAAACACUGCACCACAAGUGGACAAAGAGGAAUGGGGAUGAGAGCAUGUAUUUGACAUAUAA